AUCCUAUCCACACCUCAGGUAAGUGUACAAACUCAUGACCGUGCUUAUUUUCGUAAUAAAAUAUUAGGUCGAUAUCCUGAUAUAUAUAGAGAAUUUAGUAGUGAAAAAUUUGAUUAUUAUGGAAUUAUUGACAAGUCAUUAUGUAGAUAUGAAGCUGGAUCUUAUUUUAUUAAAUAUAGACAACAAGAAAUUGAAAUAACUGU